AUGGCCUUCACCAUGCACUCCCACUCGGGGCAGUUCUGCCCCGGCCACGCAGCCGACCAGCUCGAGGACAUUGUCCGACAGGCCAUCUCGCUGGGGUUCAGGACCAUGGGCCUCACAGAGCACAUGCCGCGGUACGAGGAGCGGGACCUGUAUCCCGACGAGAGAGACGAUCCGCAGGCAUCCCUCGCGGCGCUUGUCCCGCGGCACGAAGCGUACCUCGUCGAGGCGCGGCGCCUGCAGCACAAGUACGCCCCCCAAAUCCACAUCCUCAUCGGCUUCGAGGCCGAGUUCAUCCGGCCCGCGUUCGCGCCUCUCGUCCGGGGCCUCGCCCGCCCGCCCUGCGUCGACUACUUCGUCGGCUCGGUGCACCACGUGCACGGCAUCCCCAUAGACUACGACGACGCCUCGUACGCGGCGGCGGUCGCGGCCGCCGGCGGCUCCGAGGAGCGCCUGUACCAGGACUACUACGACCUGCAGCACGACAUGCUCCUCGCCCUGGCGCCCCGCGUCGUAGGCCACUUUGACCUGGUCCGUCUGAAGAGCGCCCAUCCCCAGCGCGACAUCCGCCGGUGGAAGGGCGUGUGGGACCGCGUGCUGCGCAACCUGAGGCUCGUCAAGCACCAGGGCGGCUGGCUGGAGCUCAACACGGCCGCCCUGAGGAAGGGCCUGCCGGAGCCGUACCCUUGCAGGCCCGUCGCAGAGGAGUGGAUCGGCAUGGGAGGCGCCUUCACAAUGUCCGACGACAGCCACGGCAUCGCCCAGGUCGGCACAAACUACAGCCGCGGUCUGUCGUACCUGGAGAGCUUGGGCGUCGCGCGGCUCUGGACCCUGGAGCGCCAACCACAUCCCGGCGUUGCCGGCGAGGCAAAGGCGACGCUCUCCGACAAGGCUGUCCCCGUGGAGGUGUUUAGGCAACACUUCAAGUCGUGA